AUGAAGUUUGGCUCUUCUUGGCUUUGGGUGUGCAAUUAUGAUCAUUCUCCUAAAGGGAGGAUUUGGCUUGGUUGGAAUGCAGAUAGAGUAACUGUCAAUGUCUUAAAGAUUCAUGAGCAGUUUAUACAUUGUAGUGUCCUUUCUAAGGAUAUUUCUACUAAAUUUCAUCUCACUUUUAUCUAUGGGCUUCAUUCUAUUCAUGAUAGGCUUCCUAUGUGGGAAGGGAUUAGGAACAUCUCUAUUCAACAUUCUCCAUGGCUCUGUGCUGGUGACUUUAACUCUGUUCUUAAUACUUCAGACAGGCUUCAUGACCUCACUCAGGUCAAGACCAAAGGAGCCAUCUACUCUUGGUCAAAUAAGGCUCACACUGGUCCUAGAACUCUUUCUAGGAUUGACAGAGUCUUUGGUAACCAAGCUUGGCUGGCCUCUCAUGGUCAUGUUGAAACUGUCUAUCUUCCCCCUUCUUUAUCUGAUCACAGUCUAAUUCUUUUGGAUAUUUGUCCUGCUCCUGCUGGGAAAGGUAGACCUUUAAGGUUUCUAAACUAUAUUGCUGAUCAUCUUGAUUUCCUUGAUACUGUUUCUCAAGCUUGGUGUUCUGGUGGUUCUGUCUUGCAGAAGCUUAAUUCUAUUGAUCAAGCUAAUGUUGAGCUUGCUGGAAUUCAAAACUUAAUGGCUCAGAAUCGUGAUGAUUUGGAUUUAUAUGUAAAAGAAUCUGAUGCUAUUAAGCCUGUCUCUCAUGCUGAAAUUGAUGCUGCUCUUAAGGGAAUUGAUAACACUAAAGCUCCUGGUAUUGAUGGCUUUAACUCCUUUUUCUUUAAGAGAGCUUGGCAUAUUGUGAAAGAUGAUAUUUAUGCAAGUGUUAUUGAUUUCUUUACUAAAGGGACCUUAUGGAAUUACACAACUAUUACUCUUCUUCCUAAAAUCCCUAAUGCUUCCCAUGUCAUAACUGCAAGACUUGCUGCUAUCAUUGGUGAGGUCAUUGAUGAUGCUCAAGCAGGUUUUAUUCCAGGCAAGCACAUUGGUGACAAUAUCCUUCUUGCAACUGAGUUGAUCAAAGGCUAUGAUAACAAAUUUAUUUCACCUAGAUGCAUGGUUAAGGUGGAUCUAAAGAAAGCCUAUGAUUUAGUUGAGUGGGGAUUCUUGAUUACUGUUAUGCAGGAGCUUGCUAAGAAAGGUUUAAGGCAAGGUGAUCCUAUGUCUCCUUUUCUUUUUGCUAUUGGUAUGGAAUACCUUUCUAGAUGCCUUGAUGAGUUUAGGUUAACUCCUGAUUUUAACUUUAAUCCUAGAUGUGAAAAGUUAAACCUAACUCAUAUGAUGUUUGCUGAUGAUUUGUUGAUGUUUUCUAAAGCUGAUAGUGUUUCUGUCAAGCUUCUUUUCCAAGCUUUCUUGAAAUUUUCUGGUGCUUUAGAGCUUUCUGCUAACCUUGAUAAAAGUGAAGUUUACUUUGGAGGAGUUUCUGUUGAUGUUCAGACAGAACUUAAAGAGCUUCUUGGUGUUUCUCAAGGUUCUAUUCCUUUUAGAUAUCUUGGGGUCCCUCUCUCUUCUAAGAAUCUUACAAUUGCUCAGUGUAGGCCUUUGGUGGAGAAAGUGACUGCUAGAAUUCAAGGGUGGAUGGCUAAACACUUGUCCUAUGCUGGGAGGCUCCAGUUGGUUAAGAGUGUGAUGUUUGGUAUUCAGACAUAUUGGGCUCAAAUCUUUAUCUUACCAAAGAAAAUUGUGAAAGAGAUUGAGAAAUCUUUGAUUUCUUGGAACUAUGUAUGUCUUCCUAAAUUAUGUGGUGGCUGGAACUUGCUUUCUCUCCCUGAGUGGAAUAAGGCAGCUGUCAUUAAGUUACUUUGGGAUAUUGCUCACAAGGCUGAUAAUCGUUGGAAAAUUCUGAGUUGUAGAGAUAUUGUGAAUGAUCAAGGGGGAUGGGAUGGUUUCAUACAGGGCAAUAAGAUGAAAAUCAAGAAGCUUUAUGCUGCUAUUAGGCCUCAAGUUUGGAACAAGGUUUUGAGUAUUUUACAUGUCUCCAAGCCUUUUCAGCAGUUUGAUGAUGAGAUUGAAUGGUUGAAGAAAAUCUGCAGAAGUUCCCGAAUGAAAAACAAAGUGAUCCAAGUUGCCUUCACUGAAACAGUCUAUGGGAGCUGCAGGUUUGCUGUUGUUCUAUUAUGGUUUCAGUUUGCUGUUGUUGUUCUGAAGUCUGCAACAGCUUGGGUUUCUGUUUGCUGCAGCUUGGUUUGCAUGGAGCUGCUCUUUAUCUACAGUUGCUCUGUUCUGGCAGACUGUUCUGAUGCAGCAACUGUUGUUCUACUUGUCUGUCUGCAAAUCUGCUGCAGCUUGGGUGCUAUUUUUGGUUUCUUGUCUUGGCAGCUGGUUUUCUUGUCUGGUAUUGGGUCUCAGAACCCUUCCUAG